UUAAGAGAAGAAUUUGAAAGGCAAGCAAGAUUAAAGAAAGAACAUGAAGUGGAAAACAUGCUGAGUAUUGAUGCCACUCAGUUGUUUGAUCCGUACGAUAGUGUGCCUUAUCAACGCCAAAAUGUAACUGGUCUUUCAAGGAUUUUUGAAAACAUUGAGGUCACCCAACUAUUUAUGAAGCAUUCAUUUGAAACUCAAUUAAAACCGCAAACACAAGCUUUCGUUGUUGGUCAAACUAUUCUAAGAAAUGGAGUUGGUGGUGGGAAUAUUAUUGGAAGCAUACGACAUACAUUUUCACCAUACUUUUGGGCUGAAGUCGGAUCGUCUGUAGUUCAGCCAAGAAUCACGACUGCAAAAGCCAAUUACACUUUUGGCGCGGAUGGUUUUUUUACUGUGACUGCGCAAUCUCAAGUGAUCAGUUCUCCACCAAUCUUAUCUUUUAUGGCUGGUCGGCGACUCGGUGAAAAUACAUCUGGUUACCUUUCAUACAAAACUGGUACAUGGUCUUUAGGUCCUUGGGGCCAAAAUGACUCUUAUUCUCGGCGUGAAAGGUCGUCAGCAACCAUUGGGAUCAACAGAGCUAUGGAAAAAUCUGGAUAUGGUUUAGAAAUGCAGACUGGCUUAGCACAGUCAUAUAUUUCUGCAAAUUACAAUCGUAAAUUACUUGAUAUUUAUCAAAUCAGAGCAGUAACUACUUUAUCAACGUCGAGUGGUCUGACUGCAAUACUCCUUGGUGAACGUAAAGUUGCUGAAAAUACAAAGUUGGCGAUUGCUAUUGAGUUCGGAAUUCCCAGUGGGAUCACUUUUAGAUGCAGGCUAUCUCGUUUAGGGCAAAAGAUCACAGUUCCAAUUCAUGUAUCAUCGGAAUAUAACCUCAAAAUUGUAUUAUGGGGGACCUUGUUGCCUGUGAUAACAAUUGUUGCUAUUGAACAAACUAUUUUGGGACCAAGACGCAAGAAGAAAGCAGCUGAAAAAUUAGCCAUUCUUCGCGAACGUCACGCAGAGUUUAUUUCUACUCGUAAGCGUGAGGCCGAGGAAGCAAUACGACUUUUGCGACCUUCCGUAGAACGUAAGAUAGAAGCUGAAAUGACUAAGAAUAAUGGUCUUAUCAUCUUAGAGGCUUGGUACGGCAAUUUUUCACACAUAAAAGAAGCUUCGACAGAAAAUCAUUAUGACGACGUUUUUGACGUCAAAAUACCAAUUCAGGCACUGGUAUUUGAAUCUCAAUUAAUUAUUCCCGGAGGCCGUUCUAAGUCGAAUAUCAUUGGAUUUUAUGAUCCAUGUAUGGGUGAACGCAAGCAACUAAAAAUAAACUACUAUUUUCAACGCAAACUGCAUGAAGUUAUAGUAGAAGAUAAGGCUCCUGUAGCAUGCCCUUUAAGAU